AAAAGAAAAGCCGUUCUCUCUUUCAUUUCUUCUUCUUCUUCUGCUCCUCAAUAUAUCUCUCUCUCUUUCUCUUUCUCUGUCUGUCUUAAGCCUUUUCAAGACUCACACAUUCAUUCCUUGCUUCCUUCUUUAAAAUCACGAGAUCCCCAUCUAUUUUUCCUCUUCUUUCUCUCUCUCUCUCUGAAUUUCCUUCCAUGUCUUCUUCUUCUACUUCUACUUCUACUACUACUACUACUACUACUGCUACUACUACUACUUCCAGACAAAUCUCUUCUUCUUUUUCUUCUUCUUCUCAUUGGUGGCUUUCAUUUUUCUGUUGAAUUAACAGAAAAAACCCAGAAACAAAAACAUUUAAAGUUUUCAUUUUUUUUUGUUUUUGGUUUGAUUAAAAAUGUCAAAUUCCAACAGAGAGUUUGAUUCUUCACUAAAUGAUCGAUUUCGUAGUACUGCAUUAACUUGUACUAAUGAUAAAGGAGGAGUAGAAGAUAAUAAACCAGAUUUCAAAGAACUUGAUUUGGGUUCACCAGUUUCACCAUUAAGACUAGCAAAUCGUAACAGUAAUGUUCACACACCAAGCAGUAGUUCAGGUUCAUCUGGCUCAGUCUGUGGUAAAAAUGCAAUUGUUAAAACCAGCAGCCACUCCGGUGAGAUUGAAAGUAGACAUAGCCCGACUACUACUACUGUUACUGUUAACGAAACUACCCGAUCCGUUCCGGUACAUCGCAAUUCAAGACCGGGUCAUGUACGAUCUCACUCAGCAGGUGUUCCCUUGAUUUAUUCAGGAAAUUCUUCUUCUUCUUCCUCGGCGAAUUCUCCGGUGAAUCUAAAUGCUUUACCGACUGGAAAUAUAUGUCCAUCUGGGAAACUAUUGAAGACUGGAAUGGCACAUAAAAGUCCAGCGAGAUACGAUGUUUUGGGUUCUGGAACUGGAAAUUAUGGUCAUGGAAGUAUAAUGAGAGGCGGGGUUGGGACGAAAUCUGGAGGAAAUUUGAACGAAGUUUUAAGUGGUGCUGGGAAAUCAGGGAAUUUGGUGGAUCCAGAGGAGUUGAAAAGAGUUGGAAAUGAGAAGUAUAAAAGAGGGAAUUUCUUAGAUGCUUUGUAUUUGUAUGAUAAAGCUAUUGCUAUUUCGCCUGAAAAUGCAGCUUAUAAGAGUAACAGAGCUGCAGCAUUAACUGGUCUUGGACGAUUCAUGGAGGCCGUAAGAGAGUGCGAAGAAGCGGUUCGAUUGGAUCCUGGAUAUUUUAGAGCUCAUCAGAGAUUGGCUUCUUUGCAUCUUAAGUUAGGUCAUGUUGAGAUUGCCAGGAAGCACAUUUCUUUUCAAGGGCAGCAUCCUGAUCCAACCGAGUUGCAAAAGUUGCAAGCAGUAGAGAGGCAUCUAAAUAGAUGUACUGACUCGCGGAGAAUUGGUGAUUGGAAGAAUGUACUAAGGGAAUGCGAUGCUGCCAUCGCCGGGGGAGCAGAAUCUUCUCCUCAGCUCCUUGCCUGCAGAGCUGAAGCCCUUCUGAAGCUCCAUCAACUAGAUGAUGCAGAUUCUUGCCUAGGAAAAAUACCCAAAUUCGAACCAUCACCAGCUUCCUUCUCGCAGACCAAGUUCUUCGGGAUGCUAUCAGAUGCUUAUAUCUUCUUUGUUCGCGCACAAGUUGAGAUGGCACUGGGAAGGUUUGAGAAUGCAGCUUCGGCUGCUGAGAAGGCAGGGCUCAUCGAUCAUCGAAAUGCUGAAGUUGCAGUGAUGCUUAACAAUGUGAGGCUAGUGGCAAGAGCUCGUGCCCGUGGGAAUGAUCUCUUCAAUUCUGGCAAGUAUGCCGAAGCCUGUUCAGCUUAUGGAGAAGGUCUUAAGUCGGACACUUCCAACUCUGUUCUCCAUUGUAAUAGAGCAGUUUGUUGGUCUAAACUUGGAAACUGGGAGAGAUCCGUGGAAGACUGUAACCAGGCUCUUAAGAUCCAGCCUAAGUAUACAAAGGCCCUUCGUCGGCGAGCUGCGUCCUAUGGCAAGCUUGAACGGUGGCUUGAAUCUGUGAGGGAUUAUGAAUCUUUGAGAAGAGAACUACCAACGGACAAUGAAGUGGCAGAAGCUCUGUUUCAUGCUCAAGUUGCACUGAAGAAAUCUCGAGGGGAGGAAGUCUCCAAUUUGAAAUUCGGCGGUGAAGUUGAGGAAAUCAUGGGCGCCGAUCAAUUUAAAGCUGCAAUAUCUUUACCCGGUGUUUCAAUUGUCUUCUUCAAGGCCGUUUCAAACCAACAAUGUGAUCAGAUUUCCCCAUUCGUGGACACGUUGUGUGUUCAGUACCCAUCUGUGAAUUUUCUCAAGGUGGAUGUGGGAGAGAGUGCUUCAGUAGCCAACACAGAAGCUGUUAGAAUUGUGCCAACGUUCAAGAUUUACAAGAAUGGUCACAGAGUUAAAGAAAUGAUCUGUCCUAGCCAUCAAGUAUUGGAGUAUAGCGUAAGGCAUUAUAGUCUCUAGAACCACAACUAAGUUGUGGUUCUUAUUGCAACAUUUCUACGUUCUCUUCUCAUGAUCCAGCCUCUGUUGCGUGAUAGUAAUUUCUCCACACCCUCUGCUAUUCAGUAUUACGUACAGGGAUUACCAAUUUUCACCUGUCCAGAAAAACAGCCUGAUUUCGUAGAGCCAAGGCCUGAGAAACCCAGAGUAAAAAUAUUCUUUCUUUGAGUCUUUAAAUUUUAUUCAUUUCAUUUUCAUUGCUCUCUCUGGGUUUCCGUAUUCAUUGUUUCCGCAUCUCUUUUUACUCUUCUUUCGGGUUUCCAUUAAAGGCUUUAAGCUGGCCUCAUUCAUGUGAUCCAACUCUCUGAAAGAUGAGAUAAGUGUACAAUUUAGAGAGGCCUCUCUGAAGUCUUUCAUAAGGUUUGUUUGGUAGAGAGAAAGAAAGAGAGAGGGAGAGAGAGUGUAUGUAAAUGUAUGUAUGUAUAUGAUAUAUAUCAAAAUAUUGGAAGCCAUGAUGGAAGGUUUGAGGCGUGGUGGAUAUCGGGAGAGAGUAAGAUUGGUCAUGAGUCGUGGUAAUAUUCAUCUAUGUUGUUUCUGCUCUACCAUUUCAUGAAUAAAUUUUCAACAUUUUUCAUCUUCCAUAUCUCCAUUCCAUUUUCUUGUAUUUUCCAUGAUUAAUGCUCCUGUCAAAUUACUGUUGUGAACUAUUCUUGGAUCUUGAUGUAACAGAAAACAUGCAGGAUGAUUUGUUGAGUAAUGUGGGGUUUUUGUGUUGUGUUUC